UUGCAGUCCGCGCUGAGCAGGCCGGCGCACCGCGUGGUUGGAGACCCUGCCGCGGGGGGGGCUCUCUCGCUAGAGGAGGAGGGGGCGGCGGCUCUUGCUGCUGCUGGCGAGAGAGCACCGACGAGCUAAAAACUGAGGCUUCGAUACCUGUGCGUUAAGGAAGGCUGCUGAGUCCUGCCUUCUGGAAGCUUAGAAGGAAAACGCUCUCUGACAUUACAGCGAGACCCAGGAAGUCAAAAUGCGGCCGAUGCGCAUUUUUGUGAACGACGAUCGCCAUGUCAUGGCCAAGCACUCCGCCGUGUAUCCGACCCAGGAGGAGUUGGAGGCUGUGCAGAACAUGGUGUCCCAUACGGAGCGGGCACUCAAGGCAGUGUCCGACUGGAUUGAUGAGCAGGAAAAAGUUGGUGGGGACCAGACUGAAUCAGAUGCCAUGGAAGUGACCCCUGAGGAAGAAAACAAGGAGGGAGGGGAGCAGAAGACUGAGCAUUUAACCAGAACCCUCCGGGGGGUGAUGCGUGUGGGGCUCGUAGCCAAAGGGCUGCUCCUGAAGGGAGAUUUGGAUCUGGAGCUAGUCCUGCUGUGUAAGGAGAAGCCCACAACCACUCUCUUAGACAAAGUAGCUGACAAUCUGGGUGUCCAGCUCACUGCGAUCACCGAAGACAAAUACGAAAUAAUCCAGUCUAUCGGCGAAGCCGCGAUUGUAAUAAAAAACACAAAAGAGCCCCAGCUCUCCCUGACCAUCCACUUGACCUCUCCCGUGGUACGCGAGGAAAUGGAGAAGCUGACAGCUGGAGAAACGCUAUCAGUCACCGAUCCCCCGGACGUUCUGGACAGGCAGAAAUGCCUUGCUGCCUUGGCGUCCCUUCGACACGCCAAGUGGUUCCAGGCCAGAGCGAAUGGGUUGAAAUCCUGUGUCAUAGUCAUCCGGGUACUGAGAGACCUGUGCAGCCGGGUUCCCACUUGGGCCCCGCUCCGAGGCUGGCCCCUGGAGCUCCUCUGCGAGAAGUCGAUCGGAACGGCGAACAGACCUAUGGGCGCCGGAGAGGCCCUGCGCAGAGUGCUCGAGUGCCUGGCGUCGGGCAUCGUCAUGCCAGAUGGUUCUGGCAUUUAUGACCCUUGUGAAAAAGAAGCCACUGAUGCUAUUGGGCAUCUAGACAGACAGCAACGGGAAGAUAUCACACAGAGUGCUCAGCACGCCCUGCGGCUCACCGCUUUCGGCCAACUUCACAAAGUUCUGGGCAUGGACCCUCUGCCUUCCAAGAUGCCCAAGAAACCAAAGAACGAGAAUCCUGUGGACUACACGGUCCAAAUUCCCCCCAGCACCACCUAUGCCAUGGCCCCAAUGAAACGUCCCAUGGAGGAGGACGCAGAAGAGAAGUCACCCAGCAAGAAAAAGAAGAAGAUUCAGAAGAAAGAGGAGAAGUCGGAGCCGCCUCAGGCGAUGAAUGCCCUGAUGAGGUUGAACCAGCUGAAACCCGGCCUGCAGUACAAACUGGUUUCCCAGACCGGCCCUGUCCACGCCCCCGUCUUCACCAUGUCCGUGGAAGUGGACGGCAGCACGUUUGAGGCUUCUGGACCCUCCAAAAAGACCGCCAAGCUCCAUGUGGCUGUCAAGGUGCUGCAGGACAUGGGCCUGCCAACGGGCGUGGAAGGCAAAGAGGUGAGCAAAGGCGAAGACUCGGCCGAGGAAAACGAGCAGAAACCUGUCAUCAUGGCUCCUCCGCCUGUCGUGGAGGCGUCGACAGCUCCCAAUGCUGCCUCCUCCCCGGCAGAUCAGGCCUCUGAGAACGUCAAGCAGCAGGGCCCGAUCCUGACGAAGCACGGCAAGAACCCCGUGAUGGAACUGAACGAGAAGCGGCGGGGGCUGAAGUAUGAGCUGAUCUCCGAGACGGGCGGCAGCCACGACAAGUGCUUCGUCAUGGAGGUUGAAGUUGAUGGGCAGAAGUUUCAAGGUGCCGGCUCGAACAAGAAGGUGGCCAAGGCCUACGCUGCCCUUGCGGCCUUGGAGAAACUCUUCCCCGACGCCCCCAUGGCCCUCGAUGCCAACAAGAAGAAGCGGACGCCUGUCCCCAUCCGGGGCGGGGCCAAGUUUGCCUCCAAGCAACACAGUCCUGGCUAUGGAAUGGGCGGGCCCAUGCACAACGAGGUGCCCCCUCCCCCCAACAUCCGGGGCCGGGGCCGAGGCGGGAACAUCCGGGGCCGGGGCCGAGGCCGAGGUGGAUACGGAGGUGGCAACCAUGGAGGCUACAUGAACGCCGGAACCGGGUAUGGGAGCUAUGGCUACGGCGGUAAUUCAGCAACAGCCGGCUACAGUGACUUUUUCACAGACUGCUACGGCUAUCAUGACUUUGGGUCUUCCUAGAUCAUCUAAAAAGUUGCACACAAAACGAACUUUUUACUCCACAAUUUUCUCAACUCCAAAGCCCAAAGUGUGUGUCCGUUGUCGUGUCCCGCUGCUCCACUGGUCCGUGGCUUCCCACCCACCGCAGCUUAGCCUUCGCGACUAUGAGACCGUGGCUGCUUUUUUCUUGAGAUUGGCCCUUUGGAGCGUGGUUCUAUCGAUGUUUGCAGCGUGGUGGGGCAUGGGGGGGGUACUUAAAACAUUUCCAAAAGAACAUCUUUGGUGCAGCAUGGCACAAAAUUUUAAAUUCAGCUUUGUUUCGCGUCAAGGCCAAAAAAGAAACCCACCGUUGCUUUUCUCUGGAAAGCAUUACUUUAUUUGAGAGAUGUGACUGGAACACUUCAAUUGACCUUUGUUCUGAUUUACAGUGGAUUUUGUAUGUUAAACGUCUUCACCAGACCCCCACCUGCUCCCCCCCCCCCGUCGCCCCGUCCGAAUUGAUUUCCCUGGUUGAUGCCUUUUGACUGGCGUGAGAAAGCCAUUGAAGAUUUCCGAGUCUAGCUCAGCUCAUGUCGAAGUAUGCUGGAGAUGUGAUUCCUAUGUGGAAUGAGAUGCUAAAUGAAUCUCCAUCUGUGUGGCUUACCACUGCUUCCCCCUCACUUCUAUACACACACACGCACGCACACACACCCCAGUCCUGGUCUAAAUCAUGGUCUUUCCUGAGGUUUUGUCUCCUGUAAAAAUCCCGGGCACCACAAUCACUGUACAGUUAUGGAUCACAUCUGAAAAAUGCCCCGUGAAUAUUUCUUUCAGUGGGUUUUACUCUUCAACUGUAAUCCAUGGGUCUAAAGCACGACUGUUUGUUUUUUUCCCUGCUAAGCAAGCUGGGGGUGGGGGGGAG